AUGUCUUUCUCGAUGGUUUCUUGGAAAGCUAGACAGAUCAUGAUUAAUGACCCUCACAAACCGCUUCGAUUGAUGUUUAUUAGAAUUGAUGGAAGUUUGGAAUUGCGAGUUGACGAUAUUUCGUUUUCAAUGUCUCCCUAUGAAAUGAGUGACUUCCCUAACAGAAGUUUACCGGGAAGAAGACAUAUCAAAGUGAAACGAUUGGAAAAUGAAGAAGGAACAGAAAGAACGUUCACUAAGUACUGGGAUAAUCCAACCGGCAGUUUCAACAACUUCAUAAAAGUGGCUCAAGAAGUACGUGGAAUUGUAAAACUUAACGGUAUAAUUUUCGCCCUGCGAGACCUACCAUGCCACAUAUGGAAACUCCACGAUAUUCUUCGUCCAGUGAAAAUCAGUGAAAUCAGUUUUGACGAAUUAACCGACAAACACGACAGACACAUUUACGGUGUUGUUCGGAAGAUAAUCGAGUAUAUUCUUCCAAAUAACAGUUUUUGCAUUUCGUUCGACCCCUUCAAGUCAGUGGCAAGAAAUCAAACACUCCACAAAAAACUGCAAAAACAGAGGAAAGCUUGGAUGUCAAGAAAGUUCGACCGUUUUAUUCUUUACAACUUUCCGGUCUCACUCGAAGACGUCAUAAAUAUGAGAAGCAGAAAAGUUUACUGCAAAUCCUAUUGGACGAAAAGGAUGAUGAGGACAUUCUGUGAAAAAUGGACAGACGACAACGACAGUAACCUUGAAUGGAUGCAAAUGGAAAAUCCCCGGCUUUUCGGACCUGACAAAAAUAUAGAGUCGGUUUUGAGCGGAUUGAAAUAUGUGAAAACCAAAAGAGAAUUCGAUACUGUGAAUGUUCAUGCUGACGAACGUUUUCACACAACUAAAGUUGGAUACGAUAUUUGCCGAAAAGAUGGAACGCUUGCUAGUAUUUUCCACGUGGAUCACAACAAAAUGGAAAUAUACGUUCAUACGGUCAAACAAGGUCAAAACUCCCUUGUAGGAAUCACUUAUAACAUCGGAUGUGUCUUUCCUUCAAAUGAACUCCAGAUCUACCAAUCUCGACAUGAGAUAUCUCCAUGGGGUUCAUACAAUGAAGGACAAUAUGAAGUGUCAUCCAAAAUGAUCGAUGAGUACGACAACGUAUUCGUCGUUUACGACUGGACACUUAUUGUGAUUCCUGGCACCGCUAAUUUUUUUCAUAUGCGUUUUUGUUUUCUAUAG